UGGACCCUGGAAGGAAAGUAAGGUUAGGCGCGAACAUGGCGGCGCGUGCGGCGGCUGAAAUAGCUGCGAAAGGGAGACAAGUUCUACGAUUUUCUUUGGGGCAAUGCAUGCCCUGUGGAAAACCAGAUGCGGUUAAAAUACGCAUCCGACAAUCGGAACUGGAUCAGAAUCUUUUGAUGUAUUUUGAUAAGGACGAGUUCGUUUAUGCUCAUGAUCCGUUAAGACUGUGUAAAACCGGAGAUACAGUGCUGAUACAAUCUCUGCCGCAGAAAUUGACACGUUUGAUCACUCAUAAGGUAGUAGAGGUUGUUUACCCAUUGGGUGACGUUACAGACCCUAUUACUAAUAAGAAAGUAGUUCGCCAAUUUGAUAGAGACAGCAUAAAAAAAUAUAGAGACCUGCAUGGAGAAAACCCCACUGCUUUUGAUUAUGAAAAAGCACCUCCACGAGGCCAUCUAGAGGAUAAGAGGGACUUCACGCAUCAGGAAUCCUACGUUAAGUAUCAUGAAGAUCCUAAUGAUCCGCAACCUUAUGCAAUUUAAGACAUCCUUUAAAAGAAUUGUAGAAAUUCAUUAAAAUUGAGUAAAUUAAAAAUUGGUUUCUAUAUAAAGAUCCAGUAUUCAGUAUUUCCACAUAAAUGUAAGCCAUUUAAUUGAAAAAUUUGGUGUAUUUAUACAAAUUGUAUCCACAGCGGAGAAGUGAUUUCUCUUCUCGGAAAUAUUUCAUUUCAAUGUAGCAUUUUACUCUGCAUUUAAUCGAAAUUGUAUAAAUAUAUUGUUCAAGUUGA